CAAUGGAAAAUGAGGGCAUGGCUUCGAGCCUUUCCUUCAUUGGCCCAGAGUCUGAAAGUGCCCUGGUCUUAGCGCACCGCCGCGGAAGUCGCCCAGGCGUUUGAAGGCGCUCUUGGGUUUAGGUUCGGCCGCUUGGACAGUCGCCAUCAUGGUGCGGAAGCUUAAGUUCCACGAACAGAAGCUGUUGAAGCAGGUGGACUUCCUGAACUGGGAGGUCACCGACCACAACCUGCACGAGCUGCGGGUCUUGCGGCGUUAUCGGCUGCAGCGGCGCGAAGACUACACGCGCUACAACCAACUGAGCCGUGCGGUGCGUGAGCUGGCACGGCGUAUCCGUGACCUGCCCGAGCGCGACCCCUUUCGCGUGCGCGCCUCGGCCGCGCUGCUGGAUAAGCUGUAUGCUCUCGGCCUGGUGCCCACGCGCGGCUCUCUCGAGCUUUGUGAUUUCGUCACGGCCUCGUCCUUCUGCCGCCGCCGCCUGCCUACAGUGCUCCUCAAGCUGCGCAUGGCGCAGCACCUUCAGGCUGCCGUGACCUUCGUGGAGCAAGGCCACGUGCGCGUGGGCCCCGACGUGGUUACUGACCCCGCCUUCCUUGUCACGCGCAGCAUGGAGGACUUUGUCACUUGGGUCGACUCUUCCAAAAUCAAGCGGCAUGUGCUAGAGUACAAUGAGGAGCGCGAUGAUUUUGACUUGGAAGCCUAAGUGGUCUCCCUUUGUCCACGCUGCUGUUUACAGAUGGGAACACAGAGGCCUGAUGCUGGAGAAUCUGUGAGGCUACUCUUCCCGAGAGUGUUAUCAGCCGUCAGCCGGUCAUAGGUUCUUACGAACUUAGUUCCUCAACUUCAGGCCAUGCAACAGAGCCACGGGAGGUGCGUCCCUGUUUUCCAGAAGUUUUUCUUGAGAUUUGGACUACUGAUAAUUAAAUGACUGUGCCUUGGGAGACAGGAGGAAGUGGUUUUGUGCUGCCCUGGGGAAUUGUUAACUUCUUGUGCCUGAAACAUGGUAGUGUAAAAGCAAGAACUACCCCCUUCACGCCCGUUUCCCUUUGUCUUCUUGUAACAGGACUGGUCAAUUUAUUUAACUCGAAUUCUUGUUCACAGCCAAGAUUAAACUGUGUACACAUGA